CUUCUCCUCAGUUCCUCCAGGGCGGCUGCGGCGGUGGCGGUAGCGCUGCAAGUUUUGACGUUUCGGACGCGGAGGCGCGCGCCUGCACUCCCCGGCCGACGGCUGUGGAGGCGGCUGACCCUCGAGGGCCCCUCAGCCGCGCCCCGGCGCUCCCGCCGCCCAGGGUCGGGCGGCCACGAGGCCCGGCCGCGUUCUCCCGCGCUCGCCAGCCCGGCGGCUGCAGCCAUGUCGCGGGGGCCGGAGGAGGUGAACCGGCUCACGGAGAGCACCUACCGGAAUGUUAUGGAACAGUUCAAUCCUGGGCUACGAAAUUUAAUAAACCUAGGAAAAAAUUACGAAAAAGCUGUUAAUGCUAUGAUUCUGGCGGGAAAAGCCUACUACGAUGGAGUGGCCAAGAUCGGUGAGAUUGCCAGCGGGUCCCCUGUGUCGACAGAGCUGGGCCACGUUCUCAUAGAGAUUUCGAGUAUCCACAAGAAACUCAACGAGAGGCUUGAUGAAAAUUUCAGAAAAUUCCAUAAGGAGAUUAUCCAUGAGCUGGAGAAGAAGACAGAGCUUGAUGUAAAAUAUAUGAACGCGACUCUCAAAAGAUACCAAGCAGAACACAGGAAUAAAUUAGAUUCUUUGGAGAAAUCUCAAGCUGAAUUGAAGAAGAUCAGAAGGAAAAGUCAAGGAGGACGAAAUGCACUCAAAUAUGAACACAAGGAGAUGGAGUAUGUAGAAACCAUCACUUCUCGCCAGAAUGAAAUCCAGAAAUUUAUUGCAGAUGGUUGCAAAGAAGCUCUACUUGAAGAGAAAAGGCGCUUCUGCUUCCUAGUUGACAAACACUGCAGCUUCGCAAAUCACAUUCAUCAGUAUCACUUACAGUCUGCAGAAUUGAUCAAUUCCAAACUGCCUAAGUGGCAAGAAACAUGUGGUGAUGCCACCAAAGUACCAGAGAAAAUCAUGAAUAUGAUCGAAGAAAUUAAGACCCCAAUCUCCACCCCAAUGUCUGGAACGCCUCUACCUUCACCCAUGAUCGAGAGAAGAAGCAUGGUUGGGCGAGAUUAUGACACCCUUUCUAAAUAUUCACCAAAGAUCCCCUCGGCUCCUUCAGCCAGAGCGUUAACCAGCCCUUUGAUUGAUAUGUUUAAUAACCCAGCCACAGUCGCACAGAAUUCAGAAAGAAAAAAUAAUUCAACAGGUUCUUCAGAUGACCCCAGUUUACAGCGAUCGGUUUCUGUUGCCACUGGACUGAACAGGGUAAAAAAGCAGAAAGUGAAAACCAUCUUUCCGCACACGGCCGGCGCGAACCAGACCUUACUUAGCUUCGCGCAGGGAGAUGUCAUCACGCUGCUCAUCUCCGAGGAGAAGGACGGCUGGCUGUAUGGAGAGCAUGAGGACACCAAAGUGAGGGGUUGGUUCCCGUCGUCAUACACAAAGUUGCUGGAGGAAAACGAGAAGGAGACCGUGAGCGUGCCCGGACCAAGAAUGAUGCAAAUGGGUUUGCAAAGCCUCCUUUUCUCAGGUAUGUUACUUUCCUCCACCAGGGCCCUCCCCCUUGGUCAGCCUAGGAGAACUGGGCUUGCAGGAUCUCAGUUCCCCGACCAGGGACAGAACCGAGGCCCUUGGCAAUGAAAGUGUGGAGUGCUAACCACUGGACCGCCAGGGAAGCCCACCGCCCAUUACAGAACUGUCCAGAGCUUUAAACAUUUCAGACAGAGGGCAGCGUACCUCUCUGCAGUCCUGUGUGGGGCGGGAAGGUGGUGGUGGGAGAGCCUUCUAGGACAGCGGCUGCAUUAUUAAGUGCCAAACGCAACACGAGGCCAGGGGAACUCCCUUCUGGAUCAGGGCAGAUGCUGGGCAGGCCCUCCAGGCCCCGCUCCCAGAGGACCCCCAGGCCUGAGGCCUUUCUCACUGUAGCCAAAACGAAACAAUUAGCAGCUUAUAAUGGGCGCAUGGAGAGAACUGUCACAGAACAAAACUUCCAUGUUCAGAAAAUGUCUGGGAUUUAUAUAAGCUAUAUAAUUUUACAGAACAAGAGCAAGAGUUAUUAGCUCUUUUUCUGAACCAAAUCCCUGUCUUACAAUUUUUUUCUCCCCCCGCCUCCCCAGCAGAGAAAAUCCCUUUGCUACUGUGAAACUCCGACCAACAGUGACAAAUGAUCGCUCAGCACCAGUCAUUCGAUGAAAAGGUGGCCCCAGAUUCUUCUGGUUCCCCGUUCGGUUCUCGCUUGGGAAAUGAUAGGUAUACGUUUGUGAUAAGUGCUGUCCUGUUGUAAAGCUUCACCGGAGGGUGCCUGAUUUUACAUGUAUUCCACUCGAGCAAAUCAGUGCAUUUUCUAAUUUAACAUAGCUGGGUUUACAUAUUUCUGUCUUUAAGGUAACUACAUCAUAGUUUAGCUACAACUCAAUCAUUUAAAGUAUUUUCUUCCUAUUCUGUUCAAGAACUGUAAAUUUUCAAGUACUGUAAAUUUGGUUCCAAUCCUAUUGUAUCAUUUUCUUUUAAUAUUCUAUGAUUUUUUUUUUUAAUAGCCAGAAUAAGGGAUAGUUGACGCUUCUGUGACUGGCUUUCUGCACCUGAACGCAGAUAAGAUCACAGUUUUACUUUAUAAAGCAUGUGCUCUUAAAUAGCAUUACGAUGUUUAAAGAAAUCACUGUGUAGAUUUGCAUCCCAGCAUGCAAAUAACCUUAAGCAAUAUAAAUUAUGAGAAUAUUGUAUAAAAUUUAACUU